UGUUUGCGGAUUUUAAUUGCAGAGUUCCUCGCAAAGAAAUGCGGUGUGUCUGCAGAAAGAGCUCGCUCGCUCCGCGUCGAGCACUUCCGCAACUACGGCAGUUCCCUCGCAGGCCUCAUUGCACUCGGUUACGACGUUCAUCCAGAUGAGUAUCAUAGCUACGUGCACGGAAACUUACCGUACGAGCAAAUUGCACCAGAUCCACAGUUAGUAAAGUUACUGAGGAGUAUUCCUCAACCCAAAAUAUUAUUUACGAAUUCAGAUCAGGCGCAUGUGCAAAAAGUGCUAAAAAGACUAGGCAUCGACGAGGACUGCUUUCAGGGGAUCGUGUGCUUCGAGACGUUGAACCGCCAUCUCUUCCAGGAGGUCAAAGGGGACGCAACUGCGGCUUCUGCAAAAGUGACUUUAAAGCCGUCGGCUGCCGCCAUAGAAGCAGCCGUCGGCUUUACUGGUUUCGAUCCCCGUCGUACUCUGUUCGUGGAUGAUAACGAGAGGAACAUCGCCGCAGGAAAAGCCGUAGGGCUUAUAACCGCACUGAUUGGAAAGAGGGCGAAGACGAAUGAAGCAGACUACUUGCUCAAUAACAUUCAUGAUCUGGGCCGAGUCGUCCCGCAAAUGGGGUUGCGGGGCGUGUUAAAGGAGGAGGAGAAGGAGAAAGAGGAAGGGGUGGAUAAGAUGAGAUCCGAGUUGGGUUCCAUUAGACCACCACCCACCCCAAUUCAGGCCUGAGUGGAUUACUAGUCACCACUUUGGCUUAAUUAACAUUUGUUAAUGUUAAUUGUUAAUCCCCACUUUGCUAAAUCUUAGGUAAAAGCGUACGUAGACCCCUCGACUAUAGCCCAUUCUGAAGUAGCCCGCUCAAUUUCGUUCUCUCAGCUUCUAAUUUUUUGAAAUUAAGAGAUUUCGGUUAAAGAAGAU